AUGGGUAGAAGUGCGCUGGUGGCAGCGUCUAGAAAAGGGGCCGUGAUGGGUCACCUUAAAAUCGCACCAACCUUCAUGUCUCGACUUACACCUCUAAGGCUUCACCUUAUAAAUGAAAACCCAGUCCAAAUCCAAGAAGAUUACACUGCAAUUCUUGAAAAUGAAGAUUUUGGACUUCUUGACAAUGCCGGCCUCAAUGGUUUCGAACAUGAAACGAGCAGAUUUAAGGUUGAAACCUUCGAAGCUCCGAGAAAUAUCGACAAUUCAAAUGUAGGUUUUUCUACAGAGAGAAAGUGCAAAUCCAAGAAGGCUGAUGGCCUGCCCUCCAAGAAUCUAAUGGCGGAAAGAAGGCGAAGGAAGCGACUAAAUGAUCGUCUUUCCAUGCUCCGAUCAAUUGUCCCCAAGAUAAGCAAGAUGGAUAGGACAUCAAUUCUUGGAGAUACAAUAGAUUAUAUGAAAGAGCUUCUUGAUAAAAUUAAUAAGCUGAGGGAAGAGGAGAUAGAUGAGAAUACGAAUCAAAUUAACUUGACAGGAAACUUGAAGGAGAUAAAGCCAAAUGAUGAUCAAGUACUAUUGAGGAACCCUUCAAAGUUCGACGUAGAAAGGAAAGACCAAGAUACUCAUAUCAAGAUGUGUUGUACAGCAAAGUCGGGAUUAUUAUUAUCGACACUUAGUACACUUGAAGCGUUAGGCCUCGAUAUUCAACAAUGUGUCAUCAGCUGUUUCAGUGAUUUUUCAUUGCAAGCUUCCUGUUAUGAGGCAGUCGAUCAUCGUUCGGUCAUGAGUUGUGAAGAUGUAAAGCACGCAUUGUUUAGAAAUGCAGGCUAUGGUGGAAGGUGA